ACGAGCGUCUUACGAUUCAAAAAGUAAAAUGAAAGAAUAGGGCAGACCGAAAUAAACUCUGUGCUAAUAACUUGCUUUCCCUGUCUUAGUGAGCCUAAUAAUAUCUUAUCAACUAUAGACAACGAUAGUCUAGCACAACGAUAUCCAUCUAUUGCACCUGAUUAUUGGAAGAAGAAUGCCGGCAAUUCUCCCUUAGUUAUCAAGCGACAAACAUUUACGAUUUCGAACGAGAAAGUAGAAAGUACGAUAGAUCGCCCUACUAUGGGCGGAAAGAAUCCUUAUUCCGUAAAACAUCGAUACAUCAAUAGCGAUCAUACUCACACAACGACUACAGGAAGAAAAAGGCCACCACUACUACUGAAACAACGUACUAUACCAUCCUCAAAUGAACUGAAGCUGCUAAGCCGGCGAAUAGAUCCUCAUCAACCGUUAUCUUCACCCUACGAUACACCCAAGAAACCGCCAUUACCCAAUUUAACCAAACGCAAGUUUGAAGAUGUUGAUUGUAAUGAUGGUGAUACCGAUACAGAAAAUUUGCCGCCUGCAUCAGAUGCUACAGAUUUUACUCUAAUCGACACCAACGCACAUAAAAAACGAAGAAAGUCACUAUUCACCUGUCUGCAAUGCAACAAAGUCUAUAAAACGAAGAAUGGUCUUGUUUACCAUCAAGAUAGAUGCAAAUUCAAAGACCAACAACAACAACAGCAGCAGCAGCAGCAGCAGCAGCAGCAACAAGAGAUAAUACCCGAUUCUGAAACUGACAUAUUUGUUGAAUGCUCAUUAUGUAAAACCACACUAUUAAAACAGGAUAAUUCAUCCUAUAAAGCCAAUGAUACAACUAUUAUCUGUACGCAAUGCGCAACCAAUGCUACAGCAUCCAGUAACGGCAACAACAUUACCGCGGAUUUACAAGAGUACUUUAAUAAUACUUUACUACAUACCGAAAUCCUUGAUAACCCUAUACUCCUGGAAGAGGAUUGGAGUUUGGAUUUCAUGACUAAUUCAAACAAUUGGAUUGGUAUAGAGGAUCCUCCUUCUUUAUUGUUUUCCUCAUCGUCGGAUAUGCCAUCAAGUGCUACACUCUUGGACGAGGAUAACGACCAAAUUUCCACCAAUGAUCUCCCUUUCUCCGUUAAUACUGAUAGAGACUGGUUUCAAUAUGCAAACUUGGAUGAUUUUGUCAACCUCAGUAAUGAUGAAAAUAGUAGCAUAAUUGAUUCAUAUGAGUUUGAUAGUAAAUAAUACCAUUUAUACGGGUCCAAAGUAAAUAAAAUCAACAUUGCCAUGCUUGUUAUGCGCUCUUUGAAAUAACCG